AUGCUGUCCAAGGCUGUUUCUCUGCUGGCUGCUGCUGGCCUGGCCUCUGCUGGCGUCGCCAAGGAGCCUUGCGCGCCUUCCAAGCCCGUGAAAACCACCACUGCCUGGGAGACGGUUUAUACCGCCACCGGCACUGCUGCCGUUGCCGCUGCUGCUGCCACGGCCAAGACCAGCAGCCCGACCAGCCAUGUCAAGGGCAAGGCUUUUGACCGAUACGUCGUCAUCUACUUUGAGAACCAGGACUAUGGCAAGUCUGCUGGCGACCCCAACUUCAGCUUUUUCGCGAAGAAGGGUAUCACGUUGUCAAACCUGUUCUCUGUCACUCACCCUUCGCAGCCCAACUACCUCUCUUCCAUAGUUGGUGACUACUUGGGUAUGGAUAACGAUGACCUGUGGGCCACCGACUUCAAUGUGUCGACCGUCGUCGACCUUCUUGAGGACCGUGGCAUCUCGUGGGGCCAUUACGAAGAAGACAUGCCCUACUCUGGUUACGAGGGCUUCAACUACAUCAACCACAAGAACGGUGCCAAUGACUACGUUCGCAAGCACAACCCCGCCAUCCUCGCCAACAGCGUGGCACACUAUGAGCAGCGCCUGUCUCAGAUCAAGAACCUGUCUCUCAUUGACACUGGCAGGUCCAUGUUCCACAAGGACCUAAAGGAGAACAAGCUACCCCAGUGGAUGUUCAUCACCCCCAACAUGACCUCUGAUGGACAUGAUAGCAAUGUUGGCGUCGCUGGCCAAUGGUGCCGCACUUUCCUCGAGCCUCUCCUUGAUGACAAAAAUUUCAUGCAAAACACCAUGGUGCUUCUUACUUGGGACGAGAGCGAGACUUACACCGAUCGCAACCGCAUUCUCGGCAUUUUGCUAGGAGACGCAAUUCCCAAGCACCUUAUUGGCACUACUGACAACAACUUUUACACUCACUACUCUGAGAUUGCUACUGUCGAGGCCAACUGGAACCUCCACACUCUGGGUCGCUGGGAUGUUGGUGCCAACGUCUUCGACUGGGUCGCCCAGAAGACUGGUGACCGUCUUCGCAAGUGGUCGUCCACAAAGGAGCUGGACAGCUACUACUGGAAUGUCUCUUACGCCGGCGUCUUCAACGAGGACGGCGGUAACAAGCAAUACCCUGCUCCUAACUUGAAGCUCGACCACAGCUUCUCUGGGCGCACCAUCUUGCCCGCUAUUAAGAAGACUUGGGAGCACAGCAAGCUUGGCUCCUACUACGCCGACACCAUUGAGCUCCCUGACGGCCUUCAUCCCCCCAAGGGCUACGCUCCCGUUUCUACUAGCGACUAA